AUGGGUCUCGCCAAGUUCAACCCGUUCAAAAGGGACCGCCAGAAUUUUCCGGGAGUCGUCAUCCCACUGGCUCCUUCUUCUGAGAACCCGCCUGCUUACCCGGGGACCGAGGAGAAGAAGGUUUCCCCCGAUGACACGCCUCUCAAGACCUUGGACCGUGCUCCCUCGGCGGAGAACGGUGCCGCUGCCUCGCACACGGGCUCUCAGCCGGAUAGCAGUGUCUUGACUCUGGAGCAGCUCCGUGCUGAAGUCGAUGCUGAUGUCUCGACGUCAGGCCGUGACUCGGUUUAUGAUCGCAAGGCAAAGGUGAUCAACCGUGCCAUCCAGGAUAUCGGGAUGGGUCGGUACCAGUGGGAACUGUUUGCCCUGUGUGGUUUUGGCUGGACGGCAGACAACCUUUGGCUUCAGGGUGUUGCCCUAACCCUGACUCCUUUAGCUGCUGAAUUCGGCGUCUCAUCGUCGCAUGUGCGUUUCACUACUUGCGCUCUGUUCCUGGGUCUCUGUAUCGGUGCUUCGUUCUGGGGUAUUGCCUCGGAUGUUAUUGGACGGCGCUUGGCUUUUAACACUACCCUGUUCCUGGCCGGUGUCUUUGGUCUGGCGGCAGGUGGUGGCCCUACCUGGGUUGGUGUCUGUGGUCUGUACUCCUGCCUGGGUCUCGGUGUGGGUGGUAACCUGCCCGUUGAUGGUGCUCUGUUCCUUGAGUUCUUGCCAUUCGCUUCUGGGAAUAUGUUGACCAUGUUGAGUGUUUGGUGGCCUGUUGGUCAACUGAUUGGCAGUCUGCUCGCUUGGGCUUACAUCCCCCGCUGGAGCUGUGCUGAAAAUGCCCCGGUCUGCCUUAAGGAAGACAACAUGGGCUGGCGCUACCUGGUUCUCACUCUGGGUGCCAUCACCUUUGUGAUGUUCGUGCUGCGGUUCUUCUUCUUCCACCUCUACGAGUCGCCCAAGUUCCUGCUGUCCCGCGGCCGCCAGGACGAGGCCGUCGCGUCGGUGCACGGCAUCGCGUACAAGAACCGGACGCAAACGUGGCUGACGACCGAGAUCCUCAACGAGAUCGGCGGGAUCCCGGAGCACCGCGAGAAGGAGGCCCUCAGCUACAACGAGAUCAUCAAGCGAUUCUUCUCCAAGUUCUCUCUGGAUCGCAUCGGGCCCCUCUUCGCCACCAAGCGCCUGGGCUUCACGACCGUCAUCCUGUGGUUCUGCUGGGCAACCAUCGGCAUGGGCUACCCGCUCUUCAACGCGUUCCUGCCGCAGUACCUCUCCAAGGCCGGCGGCUCGGAGAACUCGACCUACACCGUGUACCGCAACUACGCCAUCUCGUCGAUCGUCGGCCUGCCGGGCUCGAUCCUGGCCUGCUACACUGUCGAGAUCAAGUACAUUGGCCGCAAGGGCACCAUGGCCAUUGCGACGAUGAUCACCGGCGUGCUGGUCUUCUGCUUCACUGCCUCCACCAAUGCCAACGUCCAGCUCGCCUGCACCUGUAUCGAGGCCUUCUUCCAGAACAUCAUGUACGGUGUCCUCUACGCUUACACCCCCGAGGUCUUCCCUGCCCCCGUCCGCGGCACCGGCACCGGUAUCGGUAGCUGUCUCAACCGUAUUGCCGGUCUCUGUGCCCCGCUGGUCGCUAUCUAUGCCGGCGAUGCUACCCCCGAGGCCCCCAUCUAUGCCUCCGGUGGUCUGAUCCUGGCUGCCUUCCUGGCUAUGGUCUUCCUCCCCAUUGAGACUCGGGGCAAGCAGACUCUGUAA